AUGGUGCUAUCUCCAUUUGUUCUUAUCGGUUGGUUUGGACAUGUAAUAAUAUGUUAUUGUUUGAUUCGUCCUAUUUGUAAUACUUUAGUUCGAACUAUUUUAACAAUUAUUCCAUGUAUAUCAUUUCCUUAUAGUACUUGUCAAAAUUUUCCUCAAUAUGAUUCAUUAUCAUUGAUGAUCCUAAUUCUUUGUUGGAUGAUAUCAAUUCGUUUAAUUCAUUUGACAAUAUUUUCAAUCGAUAAAUUCUUAACAUUUCGGUCUUUUUUAUUCAAAAUUCUUUGGAUUUUUUUGCCUAUUUUACCUUUAAAAUCAAAACGAGAUGAAUGGCCUAUUAAAUAUUAUUUGAUAUUAAUUCCAGUUAAAUUUGUAUCAUUGCGAGAAUUUUGGAGUCAAAGAUACAAUCGAUUUAUUGGGACUGUAUUAAAAGAAUCGAUAUUUGAACCGAUUCAUUCGAAAUUUUCAUCUUCGACAAUUGAAGGUUUAACAACAUUUAUUAUCAGUGGUCUUCUUCAUGUUCAUGUAGCUUUUGUUGCUUUUGAUGAUGUCUCAACUCUAUUUCCAACAUUUAUAUUUUUCUUUUUACAUGGUAUUGGUUGUUGUUUUGAAACAAAGAUGAAGAUUCAACUUCCGAAAUACAUUGGAUGGAUACUAACACAUGCAUUUCUUCUUCUCACAGCGCCAUUGGUACUUGAACCAUCCAUAAAGAGAGGACCUCCAUUAUUAAUACCAAAUCCUCCACCGUUAGUUAAUAUCGAAUGGAUACCAAAAUUACCCAUACCCAACUUUUGUCCAUAA